UCAAUUUAACAUUCAUAAAUUCCAUCACCAAAAUAGUAAAUUUGUGAAUGCAACCUUAUCCUUAUCCGAAGGAAGCUCACGUUGCACCGUACAGUACAUCAUUGUCAAUGUCACGGAUGAUAACAGCGAUUCGCUUGAAUAGUGAAUGAUAUCGAGACUCGCGUGGGUGGCGAUCUGGAAGUUAAAUCGAACGGGUACGAGCGUACAAACGCGUUUGAACCGUUGGUUUUUCUUCUCUAUGGAAACUGAUAGUUUCCGUUUCUAAGAAUCUUUUCUACACAUGGUUCUUGUAGUUUCCCGUCGAUGUUUAUUCUUCGCACGAUGCGUGCAGAUGCGCGCGGCACAAGCGUUACGAAACGCAUGCUCGAUUGUUCCGGAGGCUAGCGUCGAUUUCGCAACCGGCACUAAAUAAAAGUUCCCCCUUGACGGUCGUUAAAAAGCUCGACGAUAUUGUUUUAUCGGCGGACGUGGGUGCAUGGUAGGUAAAGAGCGCGAUAACAUCGUGAGAAGAAAGGUGGGCAUAGGUAGCGAUGGGUUUUUACCGAUCAUUUAACUUCGGGGAAAUAUUUUUUCGUGAGAGAUGCAUUAUCGGUAAAUUAUCGAUAAUACCGUUUAGAUAUUACCAAGAUUCUUCAGAUCCCUGUUUAAGUCCGAUUUUAACAACACAGCAAAUAAGUUUAAAUUGAACCUAUUCUACCUAACAAUGCAACUGGAAAGUUUAAAUCGAAAAACGAUUCCUGCUCGAAACAAUCGCGGUCUUACACACGUCCAAUUUCACUGUGUCAACGGGCUAAAGAAUAUCCAUCAAACCGAACAAUGGAAAUGAAAAUUCAUGACCGAGAAGUACAAUGAAUUUCACGAGUGGUGGCAAGGUAACUCCAUGAAAUCGAUUAUUCUACACUUGGCGAAGAGUUUAAUUAAAUCGGAUCGAAUCACCGAUAGGAAAUUCCUCGCGUUCGAACUUGCUAUUUGGAGCCGCUGUCAACCUUCGAACGUAACUGGUUCGAACGCCCACGCGAAAUUACCGGCUCUCGUUCUAACCCUUUUUUUUCUUCCUUCGACCGGUACUUCCGCCGGUGGCAUCUCGUGUUUCAGUACUGGAUUUCGAUCCAGCCAUUGAUACGAGCCAAUGUGUAUGGUUUCUCAAUGACAUCGGGGAAAUCGAUGUGAUCCGAGUUCUCACGACCGUUGACCGAUUCUUACCCCAGAUAUUUAUACCACGUGGUUUCCGCCAUUCUGUCGCGUAAAUUCUGCGAUCUUCUGACGUCCAAGAACGAUAGAAACGCAUCGGAGAAUCUGGGGAAUUUCUCAUUAGCGGAUAGUUCGAUUAAGAAUUUUCUAUUUUGCACUUUCGAUAAGAUUAUGAUACUCUCAAGAUGAUAUACGCGCAAUAGAAUUCGUGUGACUUAUCGCUAAGUGCCCGACCAGUUAUAUAGGGUGUCUAUUUCUCACGAUACGCCCCGGUAAAAUACCUGAGCAUCGCAUGCAGACGUAUUUCAUUCGUAAAUAGAUGACGCGAAGAUUAACGCCGUGGACAAUCACACUAAACAUUGGUUGUCUCUCAAAACAUGUGAUCAUGAUCGGUCAUUGAUCAUUCGUGUUUCGAAACGUGAUCAAGGUUGUCUCGGAACAUGAUCAUUGAUCGUUGAUCAUGAUUACUCGUGAUAAACGAUUUACGGUCUGUUUUAUGAUUCGUAGUCCACGUGCAAGCAUUUUCACUUUUUUUUAGUGCUACAACAUUCUUCACACGUUACAUUAGUUAUAGGUUACGUUUUAGAUAACAUUAGUAACACUCUGGAUAACAUUAGUAACCUUCUACGUAACAUUAGUAACAUUCUAGAUAACAUUAGUAGUAUUCUAGAUAACAUUAGUAACAUUUUAUAUAACAUGAGUAUAUGCAUUCUGAAUAUUAAUAUCAUAGGCAACAUGUCAACAUACAUUCCACAUAUGAGUAACAUACAGCCAAUUCACAUAUCAAUGUAUCUAUUCACAUGCAUCCACAUAUGAGUGAUUUCUCUACAUAUUAGCCACAGUGAAAACAUUAAUAACGUUCUAGAUAACAUUAAUAAUAUUCCAGAUAACAUCAGUAACAUGUUAAAUAACAUGAGUAUAUACAUUCUAAACAUUAACAUACUAGGUAACAUGUCAACAUACGUUCCACAUAUGAGUAACAUACAGCCAAUUCACAUAUCAAUGUAUGUAUUCAUAUGUAUCCACAUAUGAGUGGUUUCUUAACACAUUAGCCACAGUGAAAACUGACAUAUGUGAUCAGACUAUAAUAUUAUUAAACUUUGGAUUUAAUCUUUUAAUUCGUUAUUGUCUGAACAUUAGUUCAAAAGCUCCUAUCAUAUGAACAAAUUAACUACAGGUCACGUAUGACCACCAUGUUGGUGAACCUAAAAGUUUUCCUCUUUAAGACGUUUCCCCGACCGGUAUAAAAUGACGCAGAUUUUAUGAAGCAAUUUAAAGGAUUCGCGCAGAAUUAGUGUUAAGGAAGAGGCAGUAACAGUGGAGCACCAAAUCAUCGAUUACGACAGCCACCCUGAGCUUCCACUUCGAAAUUUCUUAUAUCGGGUUUCAGUGGUCAGGCUUCGCUCCAAGAAACAGUUGAAAUUUACGUUCUCCGGUCAGAAAGGGGUUCCCUGGCGAACCCAUAAUAUCCAUCGACGAGCAUUCUUGCCGGUCUUUUGAUCGUCCUCUAACGGCGGUAUGUGUGCGCGUUCUAAACCUCGCGGACCACGUGAGAACGAAGCCGGACAUCUCUCGGGCCGCAUAGCUCGAGGGAGGAUAAACGACCUCUCGGUCGGCGAGAUCGAGAUUACACCGGCGGCAAAAGCUCGCGAGAUCUCGUGUACGGCUCUAAUUUAACCGUUGGACGCCGUUUGUUCCGGACGACGUCGCCUUUGUCCCGCUGCAAGAAAUUCAGGUUACCUGUCCGACGUUCCAGCGUGUUUGCGCUAAGGAACUUUUCUCCGGGAACGAUCGCGUUUGCCAUUUUGCCAUCUAGUGACACAGUUGCUUUCACGGAUUUUCUCACUAUUUCGUAUUAUCGGGACAUCUCUUCAAAGCUUUGUGAAAAUCAGACUUGUGUACUUCUCUGAUUGUAAAAAUUCUGUACUUCUCUGAUCAUAUUCCUAAGGCAACAAAUUCUAUAUUUUGCCAAAAAUCUGUUCAAUAUUUUACACGAACAAAAUCAGACUAUAUAAGAUUGGUAAGGUUACAAAAAGUUAUGAAUUGUUGAAUAAUGUAGUUUUGUUUUGAUCCUGGUUUUUGAUAGACAUCUGACGUUUCGAUAUUGGACGAACCACUCAAAUGUAUGCUCGCAAAUUGCUAUAACACGAAAAACAACGACGGUGUUAACGAGAUCGAUUGCUCACCAUCGCCUCUUAAUUCCGGCACAAUGGUCGUUGAAACAGCACGAUGUGUCAGCGGUUUAUUAGUUUCAUCGAAGACCCGCGUACGAUGGAAUACGCGUUUCUGCUUCGACAGGGUGUUUGAAUCGCGGUGGAAAAAAAGCGUGCGCCAGGUUCGCGGAAAAAGAGGCCAGCAUGCGAAUCGAUAUCGCUUUCGGAAGGAUCCGUUGGCCUAUCUACGCGAAGUCACGCGAAUUUGGGGCGUGGAUUCGCGAACGAAGGGUUACAGCAGUGCACUGUCGCUCGCUUCGAUAUCCAUCGAGGACGAAAUCGAACUCGCUCGCGUUUCGACGACUACAUCUGUUUCUCGCGUUUCGCAGAAUUUAAACGGGUUUCAUCGAUGCUAAUUACUAAAAGGCGGAACUUGUGACCGAUUGACACGAAUAACGAUGUCCCGCAGAAAAAAAGUGCAGACACAUCGCGCGAUACAGAGACAUUAGUGCGCGACCUUCUGUCGCAGUUUGCGAGCCACGUCAUCGACUAUUUAUGCGUCUGAAAAGACGUGGCCGAAAGAGAGACAAAGAUCAACGGAUAAGCAGACGGAGUCUGCUGUAACGGUUCGGUUCCACUCGAUACUUGGAUUGUUUUCUGAUCGAUGAGAAGAAUGCACGAGGGAUGAAGGCAAAGCUAUCACGCAAAGAGCUGGACGAUCUCUUCAGCGAGGGUGCUAGAUUCCGGGAUACCUCGCAGCAAAUACACAAACAAUGGCAGGCAGACCCGCAACGAGCAUUUCCAACGGUCGGCACCGUCAACACAGGCUCGGUGUCUCCCACAUCGGGCGAGAUUUCAAGCCCUAAUUCAACACCCAGUCCGAGUCCUAGUCCCACUAACAGUCAGCAAGUCACGCACAAUGGCGGGUACGAGGUGCAACCCAAGAAUGUCAACGCGAUCUCCAGAAAUAAGCAGCAGCAGAUACAGACGAGCUCCUCGGCGACGACACCCGCGAGGACGCCGGGCGUCGGCGCGGACGCGACGACGACAGGAUCAGGAAAGGGCGGAGGCCGUGUCACGGAAGUAAUGGAACUUUGUUACGUCACAGAAAGGAUCAUUGCUCUUUGGUACAGAGAAGAUGCGCAGGGGGUCCUUGAACACGCCACGGCGUUGCUGCGAGGGAAGCACGCCGAUAAUUAUAUGAUAUUCAACCUGUCGUCACCCGGUCGUCCCGGAGAGCCAAAUACCAGGGAAGCAGGAUGGCCGCAAGGGUUGGCACCAAGUUUAGAGAGACUGUGCGCUCUGUGCAAGGAGCUGGACUCCUGGUUGAACGGUGCUCCAAAUCGUGUGGUGGUUCUCCACGCCAGGGGAAGCAAAGAACGAUUGGGCGUGGCCGUUUCUGCGUACAUGAACUACAGCAGCAUAUGCGGAGGACGUGAUCAAGCGUUGGACAGGUUCGCUAUGAGAAGAUUCCUGGACGACAAGAUUGGAUCCCUUCAGGUUCCGUCGCAUCGAAGGUACAUCAAAUACUUCAGCGGAUUAUUAUCUGGCUCCCUGCGAAUCAGCCAGUCGCCCCUGUAUUUAACGCACCUCACCGUUCUCGGUGUCCCAUUAUUCGAACCCACGGGAUGUCGAGCCUUCCUGAAGGUCUACGAAGGACUAACUCCUGUCUACACCUCGGAUCUUUACUCCGUGACGAACGCUCGUGAAUUCACGGUCAAUCUUGGAGGUCUACGUCUGAGGGGAGACAUUCUGGUGAAAUGUUACCACAGGGUGUACUCGAAGCAGAGCCGGGAAGUGAUGUUCUCCCUUCAGUUCCACACGUGCGUGAUCUCGGAGAACGUGGUGUCCUUCCCCCGAUCGGAACUCGACGUGGCUUGCGACGAUCCUCGAUGUCCUCCCGACAGUGUGGUCACUCUGUAUUUCGCCAGCGACGCCAAGCGUCAAGACGGACCCAUACCUGCACCGACGCCCGCAGUGCCGCACGCUUCCGCUCACCACGACCCCAUCUUGCAUUGGGACAGUUACACGAAUCUCGAAAUCAGCGAUGAUGAAGGACGGGAAACGCCAUUAUCACCACCGCCACCUUCAAGUUCCUCCGUUCAAACGUCACCUCGUGGAUUGGGUUACACUUGCGGUCCCAUAGAUGGAUCUUUGUACGCUGUGGUACACCAGGGUGCUGCCGGUGGUGCCCGUGGCUCACCAUUGACAGUUUCCAUGGACAGCGGCAUCAGCAGUGCUCCACCACAAAGACCUAGUCCACCCGAGCCAGAACCGGAUAACCAGGCUCAUGGUGAUCUUGAUAAGCUACUUCAUGAUAUGAUGCUUACUGUCGAGUCGAUGCCAGAUCCUCCAUCCGAGGACUACAGAAGAGAGAGGAGCGAGAAGAUGUACAUUCAAGAGAGCCGGGCUUACAGUAGUCAGACGAGCAGCCAUUCACCGUCGACAUACUCGACGCUGAAAGAUUCUUACAGAAGUUACGGUGCAGGAAAAGAAUCGAGUCCACCGUACAACUCGAGCAGCAGUUACAGCACCCUGAAGAACGAGUAUCGAGAACCCAACAAGAUCGAGCACCGAAGAGAGGAGUUCGAUUAUCGAGUGUCACCGGACCGAAAGAUCUCCGAGUCGUCCACGGAUUCGUACAGAAAGCACACGGACUCGUUCUCGCCACCUGGCAAUAUCGAUUAUAUCGACGAAGACAUUCCCUAUCACGCCAGACAAACGAGUCAACCGUUUUCGUACGGUGCUACUUCGGACAUGAUCAAACACCAGAAGCUUUCGUCGCCUUCCUUGGUUAGGAAAGCUUCUGUGCGAGGGAACGCACCUAUGGUGGACUUUGAGGAUAUACUCGGAGAGAAUUCCAGGAGACCCAUCAGCCCUUUGAGUCCGAACACGCCGGAUCCUCCGCCGGAAUUCGCUAAUGGACCCACCAAGGGCAACGCUGAUCACGUCGAUGGAUUAUCAUGGCUGAGACAGCAGCAAUUGAAGCUCGCCGCGAGGAGAGAUGAAAGAAACCCGGGAAAACUUUGGCGACAGGAGACCGGAAAUCGAGUCAUCGGAGAAUUGAGAAGCUUGCAGAGAAACAGAUUGAGGCACGACGGGUAUGCAAGCGACUCGGCGGUCCUCGACGACGAUGACGACACUUGGGCUGCCAACUCCUCUUCUGGACAGACGCAAUCAAGACCGGCUCCUUACACAUCCGCGCCCGCAAGUCCUCUUCUUCCGCAACGCUCGAGCAGCCGGAAGUACAACGGGACAGCUGGUGCCGGUACUCUAGGAAGACCUCGAGCGGAGAGCGUGAACGAGCGUCCGUUCAUGUCCGUGAAACGAGCGUACGAAUAUCGCAAAUACAGCGACAGCCAGAGCCCUCCGACAUCCCCCCGCUCAGGCUUAGCAAGCACACAACCCUUAGGAUUAGCAAUGCAGCAACAAGCAACGUUCGUUAGCACGGACAAGCCUCAACCGCCAAGGCCCGAGUCUCGCAGCGAUAGUUUCGUUCGGGCUGACGCUCUGUUGCGCGAGCACCGUCAGCAACAGCUCGCGAGCAGCAAUCACACGGAGCAGAAACAGGAUUACGCGCGAAACGCGCGACCAGAAUCGCGAAAUCGCGUGGUCGCUUAUCAGAGUUACGAACGCACCACGAUGGCCAGCAACGAUAGGAGCAUCGAUCACGUGGACGCAGGAUUGCUGGCGGUCGUUGAUCAGCAAUCGAGCGGUCAAAACAACGCUGACCCUCUCGUGAGCCUAAUUCAAUCACUGGCAGAAAUAUCGCCUGUUCGCUCGCCUUCAUCCGUGACUAACAAGAACGUGAACGAUCAUCAUCCUGCAAACAACAGCGCAGCAACUGCGACUACUGCGAGCAACAACGUUGCUAACACCAUCACUAAUUGCUCCCCUAACCAGUCGCCCAAAGCAUGGCAGAAUUGCACCCAGUCGCACAAUGAUUCGGCGUCAUCGUGGACCGAGAGGAGCGUCAGCCCCGGAAGUGCAGUAGUCAGCAGCGCCUCGAGGCCGCAGACGCCGGCAUUUCCGGUACAUCCACGAACCCCGUACGUCAACAAUUCUUCACCGACGGUUACGUUCGCGGCCGAUCGUUCUUACUCCACUUCGAACGCCACUUACAACGUGAACAACAAUAACAAUAAUGUGAACAACGUCGAGGCAGCCGGGAACAACAACAAUAAUGUCGGGAAUUAUCCUAGCGAACGAACGAUCUACAUCGAAGAACGAAGAGAAGUCUCGAAGGAGACGGGACUUCCACCCAAGAGUCCGACAACACAGAGACGCUUGAGUUUCCCGGCAAGCGGGCCACUUAAACAAACGCAUAACAAACGAUGGCCGCUCACUAACCAAUCGGCGUCGUUCGACUAUAGCAAGGACCGAUCUGUUUCUCCGAUAAACGAGUCGACGAUGCAGUCUCAGGUUGUCACACGCAGCCCUGGUACUCCGACUCACAUCGAGUUCUCGCAGAGUCCCAAGAGUGCCACGUCGUAUAGCUCCAUCAACAGCGGUGGCCAGUCAUCUCCGCAGGUCCAGUAUUACGGUUCGAGACGAUCGAGCGUUCAUUCGAACACGGAGCCUCAAGAAGUGGCGGAUGCCAAUGUUAAAUUUGUACGCGACACCAGCAGGAUCUGGUAUAAGCCUAACAUAUCUCGGGAGCAAGCCAUUUCGAUGCUGAAAGAUGCAGCACCAGGAACAUUCGUUGUCAGAGACAGCAAUUCCUUCCCAGGGGCAUUCGGUUUGGCGCUGAAGGUCGCAACUCCACCUCCAGGUGCCCCAAGUAGCCCCAGAGACCCAUCGAGCGAGUUGGUCAGGCAUUUCUUGAUCGAACCGACCUCCAGAGGUGUUAGAUUAAAGGGGUGCGCCAACGAACCAGUGUUUAGUUCACUGUCGGCAUUGGUUUACCAACAUAGCUUAAUGGCGAUGGCUCUACCUUGCCAGCUGUUGCUACCAGAACCAGAAGCUGCAGCUAGAGCACUCGAUUCGUCUAGCACGAACAGCACCCAACAGCUGCUUGCGCAGGGUGCAGCCUGCAACGUUUUAUACCUUUUCACGAUGGACACCGAGUCUCUGACGGGACCUCAAGCGAUCAAGAAAGCAGUCACGACCAUGUUUGAACAGAAACCACUGCCUACUGCGACUAUCGUUCAUUUUAAGGUCUCCACACAGGGGAUCACCCUGACUGAUAACGCGAGGAAGCUUUUCUUCCGUAGACAUUACCCCACGAACAAUAUCAGUUAUUGCGGUUUAGAUACGGAGGAGCGCACUUGGGAUUUCUCUGGCGAGGACUUCGGACGAUCUACCAGCGCUCAUCGAUGUUUCGGAUUCGUGGCAAGGAAACCCGCGCACAAGUCUGACAAUCAAUGUCACGUGUUCGCCGAGCUAGAACCAGAGCAACCAGCCACGGCCAUAGUGAAUUUCGUGAACAAGGUCAUGAUGGGCAAUUCCAUAGCGAAGGCCAACAUCGUUUAAGCGACAUUCACCGCAUACCUCGACAAUUCUCGAGUAACGGUCUUUGAAGAAGAGAUUCAUCGACGUGAAAAUGUUGGCCACAGAGGAUAAACGUGCAUGUGUGGUUCUGAAAAAGCUAGUUGACUCUCGUUAUAGAUCUUCGUGCAUUUCGUGAACGUAGCUAAUCGGAGUCAGUAGAGCAUGAACGUUCUAAACAGUAGCAGUUAACGUUAAGGGGUUGUGGAUCAUUCUUCGCGACGAAGGAGGAUCAAUACGUAAACGGAUAUUCGAUUCCAUCCUUGUUGAUCACACGCUCGAGAAGAGAUACGUUGUUGACGAUCGUUACUGUUGGCAAAAUUAUCUUUUAGCGAGUAGCAGAGUAAUAUAAGCGAAGCUCGGAGCAAAGUAUUGUGAUGUGUAAUUUUGUUUGGUAACUGUAUUAUUUGUUCAAUUCGGUGAUCUGAUUUUAAUUACACCUGAAGAGAACCUUCAAUAUUUUGUAACCUUCAAUAUUUUGUAAACUAAAUUGAUCAUUUUUUAAAAUAAUUGUUACUCAAGUUCAGGUGAUCAAUGUAUACUGGGAAUAUUAAGAGAAGGUUUGCAAGUCAGAAGAAUAUAAAUAUACAAGAUUUGAUAUAAAUAUAUAUCUUGAAGAUUACUGAGGUGAUGUUGGUUUAAGUUCUAUGUAUCUUAACUUCUAAAAUAAUUUUUCAAAUCUCGACAUCAGUGUAAUUGUCAAAUGAAUGAUCAAGUAAUAAGUGAUCAACUGCCAAACGGGAAUCAAGGUUAAAGGCAAAAGCACCGCGAAACGGAAGUUGCAACACUGUACUUUGCUUCGAGGGCAAAAUUGUUACAGAAAGGAUACCGUGUACCGGUCUAGAGUACGGUAGCUAUUAGUGGAAUAUCGAUCGCGUUGUAAUCUCGAUCGUCCGGCGCUGGGAGCGCAAAAUAAUCGCGAGUACGUCUCGAUCGCAUGAAACCCACGAUAAUCACUCAUACACAUACACAGAAAUAUAUACGUUAUACACUAUUGCGAAGAAUAGUUGAUCAAUGUACGUUAUCAUGAAAGUUAUACUUGGGACUCUCGAGUAAUGUUUAGGGAAGAAAUGUUACGUCGUUGCGGAGCCAUUUUGUCGUAGCCCAAGAGAAGGCUAGCGUUACAUAUAAAUAACUGUAAAUAAGUGAAGUGUACGAAGAACGCCGAUACGAAGAUGGCCGAAGGAAGAAAAUGGAGGAUCGAGUAGCGUCGAGUAAAUCAGACGGAACAGAAAUAAACGAUACUCGAAGAGGAGUAGGGUAAUCGAAACGAAGCAUCACAUCGUCGUAUAUUUUUUUUUCUUUCAUCUCCCUGAAACCCAUAGGUUCUUGCCAUUAAAUCGUCCUCGAGCGACGUCCUUCGAAACCGGUCGAACCGACGAAGGACGGUCCUGUCGAGGACGAGGAUAAGCAGUCAAUUAUUAUGCGAGAGAACGUUACAUGUAAUUACUACGACAAUACUGUAGCCACAAGAGGAUGAUCAUUUGUGAUCCUUCUUGCGGCACACAUUUCUUCGUCUUUGUCUUCUUUUCGAUGUUUCUAUGUGCGCGAAGAUUGGUCGGGUCCUGCUUCCCCUUCUUCGUACCUCCCAUUCCCUACACUCCUUUCUUGAUACUGAUUCUACACAUCCUUCAAUUUUUCAAGACCUGGAUAUUUUCUAGGAUCUUCAGUAGUUUAAAAUGGAGGUGGAACGAAGAGGAAUGAUAGACCACUGUGCUAGUCAAAAUUCGUGUAUACUCGAACAAGCAAGAAUUUGAUAUACGUGUAGACCUCGAGAGAGGUACGAUAAUGACCCGAUCUUUCUUCUCCCUUGGAUUCUUUUUUUUAUGUUUCUUCGUUUUCGCGGUUUGCGACCGCAACGAUCGUUGUCUCGUCUCUUAUAUGUAUGUUUAAAAUUCCGUGCACGCGGGAACCUGAACUAACCGAGUUAACAUUAAUUUAACACCAGUCAUUAUAUAAUAAUUAUCGAAUUAAUUAUUUACUUGUUUACGCUCUAUUAUUACCGUACGAUCACGCAAUAACUGUAUUGUUGCAUACCGGAACGGGUAUGUUCUUUAUAGAUGUAACGAUAAUAAACCCAUAUUCGAAGCGUAA